CACACUCAGAAUCAGUUAAAGUAUUGAAGGGACAUUUCAAACGCACGUUCAGUGAUAACUUAAUAACACGAUGGAAGGAACAGCUUGUGCUAUCGCUAAUAAUUUGAUGAAAGGUUUUGGAAUUUUUGUAAUGUUUCUGUCCCUGGCAAUGGGAACGUCAUGGGAAACUCCCUGUGGAGGACCCCCCGCUUCCCCACCCCCGGGAUUUCCAGUACCACCACCCCUCCAAUACGUUACAGCUAUGCGCCCGAUUAUUGAUGAAGCCACACUUAAAAUCGGCGAAUUGAAAGAUAGAUAUAUACAGGAGAGAUUCAACAAUAAUGGCGUGUUUAUACCGAUAAUGAAUGACUUCCAUUACGAUGGUAUGCCCGAAUGCUGCAUGUCUCUAGAAGAAAUGGCACAGUCACUCUCAAACCUAACCCUUGUUCAUCAAACAAACUACGAUAAAAUAUCCAGAGCGUUGGUCUUCCUGGAACAGGUCGCCUUAGACGAAAAUCUAUUGGAAACUCCAUCUUAUAUCGCGGACGUGUCAAGUAUUCAAACUGAUGCUCUGAAUCUGUUAUGUAACAAACAGAGCCUCAUUCUGAAUGCUGGAGCUACCAUCAACUAUGUGUCGUCUUCUGUAAUGGCCGAUCAUGUACGAGAAUACCAAAACGAAUUCGAUCGCCACGUUAGGGAUUAUAUCAUCAUAAAGGAUGUAGAUCGCAUGUUCAAUAACAUGAAUGUGCAUAUCAAAGCCAUCGAAACCCAUCUCUUAACACCAGGGAAUUGAAGCCAUGUUUAGUUCUAACUUCAGGAUCUUCCCAGUGAGGGAAAUGGAAACGGCGUAGAUUAUAUUAAUCAAUUAACUUUUUCAUGUCUUGAUUACGAAAACAGAAAUGUAACAACAGCGACGACGUUGAUGGUGACCCGAAGUUACCAUAGCGACGACGUUGAUGGUGACACGGAGUUACCAUAGCGACGACGUUGAUGGUGACACGAAGUUACCAUAGCGACGACGUUGAUGGCGACACGAAGUUACCAUAGCGACGACGUUGAUGGUGACACGAAGUUACCAUAGCGACGACGUUGAUAGUGACACGGAGUUACCAUAGCGACGACGUUGAUUAAAGUGGGAUCUUUAAUCAGUUUCGGAAUGCACAUUAUUUUAAGAAAAUAUGAGUUUACACUUGAAGUUUCACGUAAGAAAAAAUGAUAUCCAGAGACAUCAUGCCAUGAUAAAGAUCAAUAGUUACAGUUUUGACAGGGUUACAUAUCUAUACAAGCUCUCAGAUUACACAGGGGUUUAUAUACGUAGGUUUGAUUGUUUUAUUUGUGUACAGAAGAUUGUGCGUGCGUGUAAUGCUUCUUAUUAUUAUUUUUGUUCAAGAGAGUAAGUAUCGUUUCGACAAGAGUUCGUGCUAAUGUUUUAUGUUAAAUUAUAUUUUGUUACGUUAAGUUGUUGCCCAUCGAUCUGAUAUAUAUGUAGUGUACAUGUACUAUUUGCCAGUGAGACUGAUUAUAAUCUGAUAUAUAGUGUGCUGUUUGUAAGUGAGUCUUUGAUUAUAAACAUAUCAAAAUGCUGUUUCUUGCCAAGCGAUCCAACAGUAUUUCAAAGCAUAUAUUUUUUUACAUUCCGUGUCUGUGUCUGAUUGUCAUGCUUAUCACAGGAUAUAAUGUGACGUUAGUGCUUAAUGACAAUUUAUUUAUUAUUUCAUUUAUUUAUUUGUGAAUUAAGACAAUAUGUCUACCAUAUUGCAAACACCACACAAUAUACCUCAAAACCGCGUGACCUUAAGAAUGAAAGAGUUGUCCCCCGUAGUGUGUACAUGUAUAUAAUACAUGAACUAUACAAGUUGCGUAUUUUUUAAUGUUAUUGUUGGAUCUCAUAUUACUUAAUACAAAUGCUUUUAUAUUUAUUUUUAUAUUUAUUUUUAAAUAAAUUUAUAUAUUUUAACAUAGAA